AUGGCUGAUGCAAGAAAUGUCAAUGAGGAUGAUGACGCAACUCGGCAAGAAGCAUUUAACGGUAGGGUUACGGAGGUGGCGGAAGGGGUUAUGCAAGCCCAUCUUCCGCGAUUAGCUCAAGAGGUGGAAAGCCGGAUUUUGGGAGUCGUAGAUGCUAUGAUGACUAGCAAGAUUGAAGAACUGAAAGAAUUAUUAGAGGGAUCUAGAAACAAAGGCAAGGAACGAAGGUGCACGUAUAAAGACUUCAUGGCAUGCCAACCCGCAACGUAUGAUGGUAAAAUUGAUCUGAUUGCAUGCCAAAGAUGGAUUUCAAAUAUAGAAGCGGUGUUUAUUCGAAGUCGUUGUGAUAACGAAGAUAAGGUGAUGUUCGCUACCGGCCAACUCACUUUUCAGGCAAAAGAUUGGUGGGAUGCACACAGUAAAGAGAUAGGCGAAGAAAGGCUCCAAACAAUGACCUGGCAAGAGUUUAAGGAUCCUUUUAUGAAAUAUCACUGCCCUCAGUCAGCCAUUGAUAAGAUUCAAGAGGAUUUCUUACACCUCCGACAGAAAAACGAAACGAUAAACGAGAUAUCGAACAUUUUCUUGGAUAAGAUGAAGUUUUGUGGAGAGUUUGUGCAAACUGAAAGGAUGAAGAUUAAUCGCUUUUAUGGGGUGUUAAAGGCAGAAUUUAGGGAGUUCAUCACUCCCUCGAAGUGUGAGACUCUUGAUGAGCUAAUCAAUCUAGCGCGGGAUAGAGAAAUCGAAAUCAAGAGGCAAGAAGAGCGUGGAGAAAAGAGGCCAAAUGAAAAAGGUGGAAGUUCGACCCCGGUCAAAAAGGGGAAGUAUCAAGAGCAAGGAAGAAAAGAUAAGUCGAAGAGUGGUAUCACGCCGUGCAAGACUUGUGGAAAGCUUCAUACGGGGGAAUGCUUGUUAGGCAAGAAAGGGUGUUACAAAUGUGGUAAGGAAGGGCACUCGUCUUAUCAGUGUCCAAACAACCCGAAGACUUGCUUUAAUUGUUUUGAAAAAGGGCAUGUUAAAUCGGAAUGCCCAAAACUUCAGCAAGAGUCAAAGAAAGAAGAUAAGAAGCAAGAGGGUUCUAGAGCGAAAGGGAUGGUGUUCCAAAUUACAUCCGAAGAAGCCAAGUCUCACCCGAAUGUGAUUUCAGGUAUCUUUUUAUUAAACUCCAUACCGGUUUAUGUUCUAUUCGAUACUGGAGCUACCAUGUCAUUUAUUUCGAAUGAAAUCAUACAACAUCCGUCCUUUAAGAUCGAACGAAUGUCAAUGCCUCUAGAAGUAGAAAUAGCUGAUAGUAAGAUCUAUAAGCUACAUGAGAUAUGUAGGAAAUGUAAAUUCAUAAUGGAAGAUGAGGAAUUCGAAAUUGAUCUCAUACCUAUGGUUCUAGGGGAAUUUAAAAUGAUAGUGGGAAUGGAUUGGUUGGCACGUCACCGGGUAGAAAUAGAUUGUGAAAAUAAAAUAAUGUCUAUUCAAGCCCCAAGUGGAAGGCAAUUGAGUAUUCAAGGGGAAAGAAACGUAGAAACCAAAUUGUGUAACCUUAUCCAAGCCUUUAAAUACAUACGUAAUGGAGAUAGAGCAUACCUGGCUUAUGUGGUAGACGCUCAGCAAAUUCUCCCGAAGCUUGAAGAAGUUGAGGUAGUGAAUGAAUUUCCGGAUGUGUUUCCGGAAGAAUUGCCGGGACUCCCUCCCGAAAGAGAAAUAGAAUUUCGCAUCGAAUUAAACCCGGGUGCAAAGCCAGUUGCGAAGGCUCCCUAUAGACUCGCUCCCACCGAGAUGCGGGAGUUAAUGACACAAUUACAAGAUCUUCUAGAUAAGGGCUUCAUACGCCCAAUCAUGUCUUUUGGAUUGACGAACGCGCCGGCUGCGUUUAUGGAUCUUAUGAACCGGGUGUGCCGACCCAUGUUAGACAAAUCGGUAAUCGUGUUCAUAGAUGAUAUCUUAGUCUAUUUGCGAAGCAAAGCUGAACAUGCAAGGCACUUGCGUGAAGUACUCAAAAUUCUCCGCAAGGAGAAACUUUACGCAAAAUUUUCAAAAUGUGCCUUUUGGCUCAGAGAGGUGCAAUUCCUGGGUCACGUGAUCAAUGCGGAAGGUGUUUUAGUUGAUCCUUCAAAGAUUGAUGCUGAUUUUUCGAAGAUAGCCCUACCCUUAACAAAACUAACAAGAAAGAAAGAGAAGUUUGUGUGGGGUAAAGAUCAGGAGGAGGCUUUUCAAAUGUUAAAGGAGAAACUAUCCCGUCCUCCGGUUCUGACAUUACCGGAUGGAACUGAAGACUUGGUGGUCUAUUCAGACGCUUCACACCAGGGAUUAGGCUGCGUCUUGAUGCAAAGGGGAAGAGUCAUCGCUUAUGCUUCAAGACAACUGAAGCCGCAUGAAGUAAACUACCCGACUCACGAUCUAGAAUUGGCAGCGGUAGUGUUCGCCUUGAAGAUUUGGAGACAUUAUUUGUACGGCACGAGAUGCACUAUUUACUCUGAUCAUAAAAGCCUCAAGUAUCUUUUCGAGCAGAAAGAUUUAAAUAUGAGGCAACGGAGAUGGCUGGAACUUAUCAAGGAUUAUGAUUGUGAUAUUCUUUAUCACCCGGGAAAAGCAAACGUGGUAGCCGAUGCGUUAAGCCGAAGAGAGUAUCCGUCUCCUCUUCGUGUAAAGUCCAUGAAGAUGAUUGUUACGCCACGAUUACUUGAAUUGGUACGUGAAUCUCAAAUAAAGUCGCUUGGAGCGGAAGACUUAAAGAAGGAAAGACUAAAAGGUGUAAUCGAUAAAUUAGAAGAAAAUUCGACCGGACUCAAAACGCGAUUCGGCCGAAUUUGGAUACCCCGAUUCUGUGAAGUCAAGACUGCUCUACUCGACGAGGCACAUAAGUUGUAA